UUUGUGUUUUUAUAUCUGGUUUUUUGUUUUACAGAACACAGCAAAGAGAUUAUACAUUCAUCAAAUUCAGUUCGAAGAGACAUUGCCACUCUUGAUAGUAGAUCUAAGCAAAACUUAAUUUCCAGUUUGCGUUUACUGCAGCAGGAUAAUGGUGCUGAUGGUUUUGCAGCUAUAUCAUCUUUCCACGGAUUACCAGCUAAGUGCCCUGAUCCAAGCAAUCCAAAAUAUGCUUGUUGCAUCCAUGGCAUGCCUGCGUUCCCUAUGUGGCACAGACUGUAUGUGCGCCAGUUUGAAAUGGCACUUGCAAGGUACGGUAGUUUCAAUGCUGUUCCUUACUGGGACUGGACGAUUCCAGUAGAAUCACUGCCACCAUUACUGACCGAGCCAUCUUACUAUGAUGCAAUCAACGAUGAAGUCAUCGACAACCCAUGGGCUCGAGGUUCUAUACCAACGGAAGGUACUCAUACAGUAAGAGAUUUGCAAGAUCUGUUGUACAAAACGACAGCUGAUGGUAAACAUUCCUUACUUUUUAAACAAGUCCUGCUGGCUCUAGAACAGAGAGACUACUGUGAUUUCGAAGUACAGUUCGAAGUCAUUCACAACUGGAUUCACAACUUAGUAGGUGGAAGAAAUGACUACUCGCUUUCAUCUCUGCACUGGACUUCCUAUGACCCUCUAUUCUACAUUCACCACUCCUUUGUGGACAAACUCUUUGGAGUUUGGCAGGAACUCCAACGACGAAGAAGUCUACCACACGACAGGGCUGACUGUGCCAUUAACUCCAUGAAUACACCAAUGCAUCCAUUCAACAUGGACCUGAAUACAAAUGCUUGGACCAAAAAACACGCUCUUCCAUCGCUCUGCUUUGAUUACCAUCAUUUGGGUUAUUCUUAUGAUAAUCUCAACGUGGGUGGCAUGAACAUCGAACAACUAGAACAUGCCAUUGAGAACAACAAACAGAAAACCAGAGUAUUUGCCGGAUUCCUGCUUCACGGAAUUGGAAGUUCAGCUGAGGUAGAGUUUAAGAUAUGCAAAACGGACGAGGAUUGUUAUGCUGGUGGAUUUCUUUUUAUCCUUGGAGGUUCAAAGGAAAUGCCUUGGGCUUUUGACAGACUUUUCAAGUAUGACAUCACAGACGCCCUGGAUUCCGCUGGCCUUGAAACAGGUGAUGUAUUCAACGUUAAUGCAGCAUUGCAUCUUAAAGUGGAGAAACUUGAUGGAAAUCUCUGA